GACGGGCAUUGUGCGCCAUCUUGAACCGAAACGAAAUCACGGGUAGGUCCCGAUCGCGCUGAUCUCGUGCGUCUCAGCUCGCUCUCACUCCGCGCUCGUUCGCACUGUGCGCCCGCGAUCACCCGGCUGAGCUCGAGGACACGCCGUACCGAAGGCUCGAACCCGAAACGGAGGCGAUGAUGGCAGGGGUUGGUGGAGGCAAUGAUUUCCAGUGGUGCUUCUCCCAGGUGAAAGGAGCCAUAGACGAAGAUGUUGCAGAAGCGGACAUUAUAUCAACUGUUGAAUUUAACUAUUCGGGAGAGUUACUAGCCACAGGAGACAAAGGGGGAAGAGUCGUCAUAUUUCAGCGAGAACAGGAGAGUAAAAACCGGUCUCUCUCCAGAGGAGAAUAUAACGUGUACAGCACUUUUCAGAGUCAUGAACCGGAGUUUGAUUACUUGAAAAGUUUAGAAAUCGAGGAGAAGAUCAAUAAAAUCAGAUGGCUCCCACAACAGAACGCUGCACACUUUCUUCUGUCCACAAACGACAAAACCAUCAAACUAUGGAAGAUCAGCGAGCGAGACAAACGGGCGGAAGGAUAUAAUCUUAAAGAUGAAGAUGGAAGACUGAGAGAUCCAUUUAGAAUCACAUCGCUACGGGUCCCUGUCCUGAUGCCGAUGGACCUGAUGGUGGAGGCGAGCCCGCGCAGAAUAUUCGCAAACGCACACACAUAUCACAUCAACUCCAUUUCAGUAAAUAGUGAUUAUCAAACAUACCUUUCUGCAGACGACCUCAGAAUAAAUCUCUGGCAUUUAGAAAUCACAGAUAGAAGUUUUAACAUUGUAGAUAUAAAGCCGGCCAAUAUGGAGGAGCUGACGGAGGUGAUAACAGCGGCCGAGUGCCACCCGCAUCAGUGUAACGUCUUUGUGUACAGCAGCAGUAAGGGAACCAUCCGUCUGUGUGACAUGAGGGCGGCCGCGCUCUGCGAUAGACAUAGCAAAUUUUUCGAGGAGCCUGAAGACCCCAGUAGCCGGUCGUUCUUCUCUGAAAUCAUCUCCUCCAUAUCUGACGUCAAGUUCAGCCACAGCGGGCGAUACAUGAUGACUCGUGAUUACCUCUCCGUUAAAGUUUGGGACCUGAACAUGGAGAACCGGCCCGUGGAAACCUACCAGGUACACGAGUACCUACGUAGCAAGUUGUGCUCGCUCUACGAGAAUGACUGCAUUUUCGACAAAUUUGAGUGCUGUUGGAAUGGUUCAGACAGUGCCAUCAUGACGGGUUCCUACAACAACUUCUUCAGAAUGUUUGACAGGAACACGCGCAGGGACAUCACGCUGGAGGCUUCGAGGGAAAACAGUAAACCCCGUGCCAUGCUCAAACCGCGGAAGGUGUGCACCGGCGGCAAACGAAAGAAAGACGAAAUCAGCGUGGACAGUCUGGACUUCAACAAGAAGAUCCUUCACACCGCCUGGCACCCUAAGGAGAACGUCAUCGCUGUGGCCGCCACCAACAACCUGUAUAUAUUCCAGGACAAAAUGAAUUAAAAAAAGUGAUUCAAAAUAAAAAACGACAACAAAAAAAAUAAAAUCAAGAAUUAUCCCUGUCCCCGUUUCUCUCGGCGCAGGUCCGAGGACGCUCGAAAACACUUUGCAACGUUAAGCCUAGUCGUAAAUCUGUAUGAGAAAUAUGGCCCUAUUGUCCUCUCGAAGAAUGAGUUGAAGCACUUGUGUAAAGGGAGAUGAGACGGACCGCAUAUUUGGAAAAGCCCGUUAAUAAUUCACAACGACCCCUCCACACCAAACAACCCCGGGGGGUCGAUGUCAAGCGACCUACACCAAUGAGCAUUAGGAGGCCAGAAAUCACAAGUCCUACAUGUAUUCGUCUUCGGCUGAGUCUUAUGUUUUUAUGAUUUGACGACCAAAAGUAUGGAAACGCUCCACAGGACGAGUAACAAGUCUCGCUGUCAAAAUCGUAUGUAGUCAAUGUUCGACUUGAAAUUCAGACCUUGUGUGAAACAUCAUGUUUUGUUAAUGCCCGGUAACAUUCCUUCCCCUGGCCUACGUCUCAGGCCCUGUCUACCUUUUUAAGCACUUAAAACAGGUCUCCAUUUUGGUCAGUGGACAGUUGUUUUUACUUUUGUUCUGUUUUUAUUUUCUAUUGUUUUCUCAUGCAUAAUAUCUACUCACUGACUGUAUCUAUAUAUUGCCACUCAAUAAAAGUAACAUAACUACAGAGAGAAAGUGUUUUUACAUUACGAGCAGGUAUGUAUGGGUUUUAUGUUCUUCGUUCGCAUGUAAUCUGCAUUUGUAGAUCUGGAGAGUGAAAAUGUGAACCCGGACUGCUGAAGCCAGACUGGAAAUGUUAUAGAGGAAUUCCAGAAAAACAAAAUGUGUAGUGUAUAAAGAUGAAUUAAAAACUUGGUUAUUAAAAAUUAGGCAAUGCGAAAGGCAAAAAGCAGAAUAGGAAAGGGAAUUCCUCUGUAACGUGCCGGUCGGGAAGCAAAUCUGCAUAUUGUAGUACUUGAACUUGCGGUUGCACUGUUAGAAUGAGGACAUUGGCCAUGAUAAGUGUCAGUAUUGUUGUCUGGUUUGCAUUUUAGAUCAUGUUUUUUAUUUUGUUUUUGUUACAGUUAUGUCUUUCUUUAUUUUGUAAAGGGAUUCUACCGCCUUAUGAAUUACCUCGAAGACUAGAUCUCAAUAUUCCCAGCGCUUACCCACAAUACUCAUCUCCCUACGUGCUUUUCUUUUUUUAGCACUUCAUUGUCCGUUUAUGUGCUGCUACGGUUCUGCGGCUUAGUAUUUGGACACUAAUAGAGACAUCACACGGUCAACGUUGACCGGCGUAGAACACUCAGAUCAAACACGAUGUGUUGAGUGCCUCUUUAAGACAGUACUGACUUCCCUCCAGUCAAGCGAAGAUGAACACCGAUCACGUGCUGAUUUUGAGAUGCUCCUAGUUCAAUUCCUGUGCAAAUGUAAAGGAUUUGUGCAGAAAUGUGAUCUGGUUUCUCCCGCAUCAGUACUUGGUUUAAGGAAAGCAGUGAUGACAAACUGAAGGCUGCUGAAUUUUGACAUGCAGCAGCUAAAUGUCAAAAUGACAAACGUUAACUUGACGGUUAUAAAGUACAAAGUUAUUGUAAAGCUGAUUGUGAUGCUCUUGAAAUCUGGGAACUCGCGGGUCGGAUGAGAACUCUCAGACCGUGAUCCUUGUUAAAUGAUGAUGAUGCUAACAUUGUGAAAGUGUACACUUGUUUGAUUAUUUUUGACCAAAGUUAAAUAAACUUUUAAUUGUGUUUAUCUGAAAACAG